AUGCCAUCCACCGACAUCACUGACAGCAUAGUGGCCGGGCUCGCGGCUUUCAGGACGACGUCGGCCAGGCUGCGGCUCAUCAGGUCCGUCACGCGGCGGCCGAGCCACUGGGGCGAGCAGUGGGCAAACGAGCACGGCCGAGUGCGGCCGCCGCCCGAGGGCACGUUUGCCGGGGCGCGGCCGCCGGCGCUGCAGUCGCGUCUGCUGGUGCUGGACGCGAGCUUCAACCCGCCGACGCGCGCGCACGCGUACAUGGUGACGACGGCGGUGCACGACGUGCUCGAGGAGCAGCGCGCGGCCGUGGCCGAGGCGGAGCGCCGGGCAGCCGCGGCGUCGUCACCGAUGCCCGUCGUGCGGCCCGAGACGGGCCUGGUGCUGCUGCUCGCCGUCGCCAACGCCGACAAGCCCGCGCAGCCCGCGUCGCUCGAGGACCGUCUCGCCAUGAUCUACGCCUUUUUGCUCAACGUGCAGGCUGAGCUGCACCGGGCGGGCGACAACAUCCCCAUUGCCAUGGCCCUCACCUCGGAGCCCUUCUUCAGCGCCAAGGCCGACGCCUUGCGCACCGCCAGCUGGUACCAUACGAGUUCGCACCACGGGACGUUUCGCAAGGUCGACGAGUAUGGCAGGACGCUGCCCGGCACGCUAGACCUGCCGCCAAUGGAGUUUAUCGUCGGCUUUGACACGUUGGUGCGCAUCCUGGAUCCCAAGUACUACAAGGAGGUGGAAGAGGGGACGGAUGCCGCGGAGAACAAUAACGAGGAGGCUGGUGCGGCGGCGGACCAGGAAGACGUCGACAUGGAGGGGGCAAGCUACAAUGGCGAGGGAAACGAAGAGACGACGGCUGAAGAGACACCAGCGGCACCAACACCAACUCCGCCAGACGGCCUCGCCGCGCCGCCCUCACCGCGGCAGCGGCCGCAGACGCCCAUGAUGAAGGCGCUGGACCCCUUCUUCGAGCACGCGUCGUUGCGGGUGAUGCUGCGCCCGGGCGACGGCCACGGCGAGCGCGAGGCGCAGCUCCGCUGCGUGGCCGCUCUGGGUGGUGACGCGCGCGACGACGGGGACACGGCGGGCGUGCUCAGCCUCGACGAGGUCGGCGGCGACGCGGCGUGGAUGCGCAAGGUGCACCUGCUGUCGGACGGUGGCGGUGAUGGCAACGCAGCGGCGGGCGUGAGCAGCUCGAUGGUGCGGCAGCGCGUGCGCGACCACGGGCCGCUCGCGGCGCAGGAUUUUGUAUACCCGCUCGUGCUCGACUGGCUCAAGAAGCACGAGCUGGUGUACCAGCGGCCGCACCCGGACGAUGACGGCUCGGAGGAGAUUUCUUCGACUGAUGAUGACCAUGCGAAUGGGAGACACGAUUAA